AUGCAGGUCUCCGGCGCGUUCGUCGGCAUGAUCAUCGGCAGAGGCGGUGAGAAUGUGAAGUCGAUGUCCCGCGAAAGUGGAGCCAAGAUAGAGGUUUCCAGAGACGAUGGCGAUCGCGAUGCAGACAGAAAUGUGACAAUCACCGGAACGGCUGAGUCCAUAGAGAAAGCCAUGAAGCUCAUUGAGGAUGUGAUUGGCAAUCGAGCUGGGGGGCUCGAUGACAGGAGUGAUGCAGAGUCCUUGCCAGAGCCGCCGCCGGGCUUUGAAGCAAGCCAGCACGAGGAAUGGCUCUUCAAUGCCAAGACACAGGAGUUCUUCAAUAAGACGACGGGUGCCCUUGCGUGGCUUAAUGCCAGCACGGGCCUUUUCUGCCCAAUCAGAGAAGGUGUCCGACAUGGAGAUCUCCAGUUGAUUUCUGGCACAGCAGUUGGCAUUGCAAACUCUGAGGCCAAGGAUGCCCCCAAGACAGUGGUCAUUCCAGACCUCCAUCGGGUAGCACAGGCCCUGAAAGCACCUUUCGACCACGUGGACAUGCCGGCCUCCAUGAUCGCUGUGUUUGCUUCUCCAGCCGACGGUGUCCCGGGCGUACCUGUGGACCAAGCGGCCCGGACGUUUCACGAGAAGCUUGUGCGGCGGAUUGCGUCGUGGCGGAGUGCUUGGUUAGAUCAGGCUUGGUUUGGUGCGCUGACAGGUGCUAUGAUGGAUGUUGCUGGCGAGAGGGGAGUUUUACCGGUGGUUGCUGCGGCACUGCUCAUCGGACGAAAAGUUGUAGCCACUUCUGCGCCAGGGGCCCGUGUGUGUUUGAUGGCCGGAGCUGCAUCUGAUGCCUGCACAGCGGUGGCACCUAUGGAGAUGGAUGGAUUUGUGUGCUGCUUCCAGCAACUCCCACCACAAAGUCCAGAUGUGGCAGACACGGCAGACACCUUGUGCAUCCCCGUUGCCCUCCUCGCGGGCCUUUCGCCUUUAUCGACUCUGGAUGACGGCGUGACUUGCACUGCGGUGAGCCGGCAUCUCGACCGUCAGGGUGCGUGGCCCAAUGUGGCCCACUCCAGGCUUCAAGCUGUUGCGGCGCAAUGCGGCGCAGUUGCUCCCUGGGCACUUGGUGAGUCAUGGUGCGAGCUCAGGUCCUUGUUUCAGAACCGGCCACGCGCGGCAGCCGUGGCCCUGCUCCGUGCUGCGCGCCAGGCCCCCCCAAAGUGA